AUGUUACACAUGGGUAAACAAAUGAGCGAGCUGACUGUGACAUCGAAGGAUAAAAGCUGUGAUAUUUUUUAUCGAUCGACUGUGGUGUCAUCGCACGACUCGUCGCAUGUUCCUUCAAACACGGUCAGCCGAUUGCUGUCCUACGGGCCUGGAUACUCUGCCGAGCCGGUCGCGGGUGGAAAUUGGCCAAUCGGUUGUGGUCGAGAAGCUGGUAAAACUGACACAGCCUGGACCUUGUUCGAUGGCUAUACGGUCUGGUUGGUGAAGACCGAGAAAUACAAAUAUGGCAAAUUUUUUCAUUUGAACAGUCUCCCGCAAGAACAAAUUGAUUGUUCUGUGACAUGCGGCACCGACUAUCCACAGUAUGAAUCGCUCCAGAAAAAGUCUACAUCCCAGAAGAGGUUAAGAUGUCUUUUUUCACCUGGUGGCAGCCCAUCGGACGGAUUAAUCUGGUACGUAAAACGAUGUUUGACUGAACAUUCCUACCGAUUGACCCCACUGGUAAUCAGCAAAGGAUAUCCAUAA